AUGGGCAGCCUGGCCAAGAAGGUGGCCGCCACGGUGCUUGCUGCCCACUUUGACGAGGAGCUGUGCUCGUUGGUGGAGCGAGCAGGAGCAGAUGAAGGCGGGGCCGUGGUGGAAGCUCUCCUUCCGCUGCAGACCGCGGGGCAGGCUGCCCCUCACCUCGCGGGCGGCGUAAGGCACGAGGGGCAAGUGGCAGCUCUCCUCGCCUACCUGCACCGCUUUCUGGAGGCGUUCGGCGCGGGCAAACUCGCCCCCUGGCUCGACUUCAUUCUCCAGCCGGGCCACCUACACUCCAACGACCUGCGCCUGCGGGAGGUGCUGGGGCCGCUGCUUGUUGACGUGGUGGCUGCCGACGUCGCCGAUGCGCGGGCGAGGCUGCUCGAGGACUACUUCACACACAAGGGCGAGGCCCCGCUCAGCCUCCCCGCGCUCCUCGCGUUCGGGGACAGCUGCCCGCGGCCGCUGUUCCUCCGCGUGGACGAGUACCUGACCGACGCCGACCACAAGCAGAGCGCCAUGCAGCUGCUCGCCACGGUGGUCCACCGGCAAGGCCCGCACCUCCACGAGAUCGCCGACACGCCCCUCCUCACCACACUCCUGCGUAUCCCUCUGGACGAGAGCGAUGCGGGCGUGGUGGCGGGCGCGGUGUGGGUGCUGGUGAUGGUCCUGCCCCACGCGCUCCCGCAAGUGCCCCCGCUCCUAUCGGCCCUGCUGGCCAUCAUGCAUCGCCUCCUCCAUUGGCCGUCCGACAAACCUGCCCACCGCGGCGGCGGUGGCGCUGCCGAUGGCGAGGGUGGUGGUGGGGCGGAGGGCCGGCCCGAGGUCCACGAGCAGACGGGGAGGGAUUCGCGGGCGGCAGGAGUGAUCCCGCCCGAUCUCGGCCGGCCCACCGCCAUGUUCUUCCGCCUGCUGGAACACACCGAGCACCCCCACCUGGGUUCCGCCCUGCAGGUCCUGUUGGGCGGUAUCACCCUGGAUCCCGCUCUCGUCUUGUCCGACGAGACCAGCGAGCUUGCCGGAGCGCUCGAGCGAUGGAAGCGCCGCGACCCCUACGCUCUCGUCGCAGACUGCUUCUCCCUGUGCCCUCCGCCCCCUCUACUCCAUUCGACCUCCGCCGCCUCCGAGCGGACAGGGGACCGGAGAGACCACGACCACGGCGCCCUGUCCGACUCGGGGUGGGACGAGCGCAAGCCGCAGCAGCCGCAGCAGGAGACGAUCAAUACAUCGGCGCACGCUGGGGAAGAGGUGGUGCAGCCCAAGGGCUCCACCACGCCGCUGCCUCAUGUGCGCGAUUCGUGUAUGCUGCCCCUCCCCGCACUGGACCGUGGGGAGCGCCUGCUGCAGAUGCUCGACCUGGUGGAGCAGGAGGGCCUCCACCGCGACUCCUCAAUGUCGCCCUUGGGAACCACGCCACGGGACACCGCCGCCACUGCUACUGCCACAGAGGAGUUGGCAACAGGAGGCGACCACGACGAGCCGGCGGAGGGGCAGCACUCGCACCAGUGCAUGCGCCAACUGGUCGUGGCCAGGACCGAACUGCUCUUCGAGAGGCACGCGCUGUUCCACCGAUGCGUCGCCCUCCAGCGGGAGGGGCUGGCCACGACAGCCGACCACGCCCACCACGACGCCCUUCGGGAGGAAGUGCGACGCCAGCAGGAGGCCCUCAAGCGCGUGCAGGAGCUGCUUUCGGAACGGCAGCGGCACAUCCACCAACUCAACGCGCGGCACAGUGCCACCGUGAGCCACCUCACCAAGAGCCUCGCCGACCUCCACGCCAAGAACGCGUACGUGGCCACGCCCGGUGACCUCAAGGCCGCCGCCCUGCGCUGGGAGAAUACUGCCCAGCAGGCGCUCGACGACCACCGCUCGCUCCUCCAGCAGCUCGAGCAGAAGAGCGCAACGUUGCUCGAGCUGGAGGCGCAGGUCGAGACCAUGCAAGCGCAGGCCGGCGAUUCGCUCAACUUCCGCGGCAGCUUGUCGUCUCUCAACCACGAGCUUGCCCUCUGGGAGGAGCGCAGCAAAAGGGAGAGCAGCCUGUCCAUCGCCGAGUUGACGGAAGCCCAGCGGCAGCUCCACGUGCAGGAAGCCCUAGCGGCAGACCUCAACGAACAGCUCCACGCCCUCCACGCGAAGCACCACAGGCCCGCGUGCCCCCACUACGGGCGGCAUCAGACGCUGCAAACCGUCUACGAGGAGAUGAAGGAGCGGGCCGAGCGGGCAGAGCGGGAGCGGAAGGACAAGGGCGCCCUCGCCCACACCCAAAAGCAGCUCCUCGAGUACCACAAGCAGGUCAGCGUGCACAAGCUGCAGGCCGUCGAGGCCAAGUACGCCGCCCUCAAGAAGAGCCACCUCGGGCUCGAGAGGCAUCUGGUGGUGCUGGAGGCCGAGGCCGAGAAGUACCGCCUGCUUCGCCACAAGUUCAAACUUCUCUCGCCCUCCUCCACCUCGUCCUCGCCGUCUGCUCCAUUGGUGGCGACGACGCCGACGCCGACGAUGGUGGACUCCUUGCCGUCCCCAGAGGACGCUCGCCUACCCCCUGGUGGCCGGGCGAGAAGCUCCACGUGGCACUCCAUCCACCCGGUGGAGGCCGCACCUGCGAGCGGGGUGGCCAUCCCGGCGCCCCAUCAACAGCAGCUACCCCUGCACGCAGGAGGAGCGGGGCAGGACCCGACUGCUGCCGUAACCCUCCAGCUCCUCUCCUCCUCGGCGCCAGCCCCACCACACGACGGCCCCCUGCGACCAUGA